CCCCUCCCCUGCCUUACCCCUUCUCCUCCCUUCCCGGCACGUCGAGGGCAGUGGCCUGGGCGGAGCAGCGCACGCUGGCUGGCUGGCUAGCUGACUGGCGGGAGGGCUGACGGAGGCGCGGGAGCCCUACCUGGGGAUCUACGGCUGCUGCUUGCCCCAAAGUCCAUACAAGGUCCGGAAGAACCGCCUCAGCCCCCGCUACCUGCUUUACACAUGUGCCGCAGCCGCCUGGGCAGGAGAUUCCCAGCUUGCUUCUGCUUUGCUGCUCCUGACCUUCUUCACCAUGCACACUCCCGGCACGGCCGGCCUGGGAGAUGCAUCCGCUGUGAGUUUGCAAGCUGGGCUGACCGACUUAUCUGGGUGGUGGGGAACCUGGGCCCUUUUUUUUCUUGCUUUUAUUUGGGGCGGAAUACGGAGGGGGAUCCUCCUUCCCUGGGGGCGGAGGCAUCUUCGGGCGUGCAGAAGCCGGAGAGCGGGAGGGCUGGUGCUUUGCCUAGGGAGGGGGCUGUGCGCGUGCAGUCGCUUUCAUUCGCUCUUGAUGCUCACACCCACUUUCCGCCUGGGAGUGGUGGUUAGGUGGGUAGCAGCCCCAGGCUUGUUGGGCAAGGAAGGAGGGUGCAAGGUGGGUAAGAUCUGCCGCCACCCAAGUCCCGUUAGGUGCCCGGGGCGGGGCGGUGUGGCGUGGUGGCCGACCGGCUGCAGCCUCCGAGUGCAUGCCCGGAGAGGCCUCUGGUCUCUGGAGGAACUAGGAGGUGUAUGUUUGUGGAUAACUCAUUCAGGGUCGCGCCCUACCGGUUUUCAGGGUCUGGGAGGUGGGGUGGGGAACGCACGCUUCGGGAUUCCGGCCCAAACUGGCGGGGUGAGUGGGCGGUCCUGGAUAUCUGACUCAGUCUCCCUUCCUUUUUUUCCCAGAGCCCCCGCCCCUCCCUCAAGUCGAGGGGUCUGCCUACCGGCCCUUAUUAAGCCCACCCAUGACGUCACCGUACCCUUGUAGGGUGUGGGUGGUGGCUGGGGCGGGGCAGAGGAGGUGGGACUCAAGGGGCCCCUCCUCCCAGCCUGAUCCUUACCUCUCCACUGGGGGCCUUUAGGGGAAGUGGGGGGUGGGGGUUAGGUUUUAAGGUUGGUAAGAAUUGUGGGACUUGGCUGAGACCUGAAGGGGGAGAAGGGGGACCUCCACCCUGCUCUCCUUGUGGGAAAAAUGAGCUUGGAAAAAAAUAUCACUCUCCACCAUUUCUCCUCGCACCUCCCCACCCUUUCACCCCGCCAAAAAUAAAUGUAGGUAAGGGUUUCUUAUCCUGGGUCUGUAAACUUUUCUUUGUUUUUUUAAUAUGUUGAUAGCUGUAUUUUAGUAAAAUCGGCUUCCUUUGUAAUCCUGGGGGUGUUUUUAUUUUAUGUAUUUUCAAAACAUUCGGAGAAUGGAGUCCAUAGAUUUCAUGGAAGGGUCCAUGACACAAAGAAGUUAAAGAUAGCUUUUGGGCUGGGUUAGAUGGAAGGUGUAGACCUUAGAACUGGGCCAUAGGAUUCUCGAUGAUCACCACCCACCCCAAUUCUGCAAAUGGGAAAACUCCGCCCCAGAGAGACCCAACCAUUUGCCUAAGGUCAUAGAAUUUUUUUUUUUUUGGAAGACCUGAGUACAGUUCCUAGAAUCACAUAAUCUUAGCCCUGGAAGGAAUUUAAGAUCAUAGAUUUAGAAUUAGAAGGGAUCUUGGAGGUCAUCUUGUCCAAACCCCAUAUUUUGCAGAUGAGGAAAGAGAACCAGAGAGGACUUGUUAAAGAAAACAGAUAAGUAGAAUAACUGGAAAAUGAAACCAGGUCUUAACUGAACACAUUUUUGUUUUCACUAUAUUAAACUGCCUCUAUUUCAGCAACUAGCUAUCUAGCACAAGCAGUAUAGGAUGGUUAUCUUACUAUAAAGGUUCUUUGCUCUUAAAUUUAUUUAUUUAUUUAUUUUUUGCCAUGGACUACUUUAGCAGUCUGGUGUGGACCCCUUCUUAGAACAAUAAUGUUUUGUUUUACUUCUGAAUUAAGGAAAAUGCUAAAUUUUGGUUAGAAGUUAGUGAGAACUAGGGUGUAAUUAUUUUUUCCAAUUAAAUUUCUCGACCUCCUGAAGUCUGCCCAAAAUUCCAAGGACCCUCAUAUUAAGAACCCCUCAUCCUUUGUUCUACAUCUGUCUACAGCAUCUAUCCUUAAGAAGUGGUCAUCCAUCCAGGCUUUGAUUCAAGUCCAUGCAAUGCUUUUCCAAGAAACCGGUUCCUCUUUUGGACAAUUCUUUUUGCUGAAAAGUUAUUUCUUAUUCAAAAGCUGCUUCCAUAGCUUUUAUCUCUUGCCUCUGUUAGUUUUGACAUCUGGAACUGUAGAAUAUGAAUUGGAAAAAGAUCUCACUCAGUUCAUGUAGUCUAUUCAAUGCCAGUGGACUGAGAUUUCAAACAUAUUUUCUGACUUUAAGCUAUUUGUGGGCAAGGACUGAUUUUUGUUGUUAAGUCCCCAGGGCCUAAUUCAGUGUCUUGGAUAUAUUAGGUGUUUAAUAAAUACUUUUGGAUAGAAUAGAGGAUACCAAGUUGCCUUCCAAUGAAGUCCAAAUGCCUUAGUCUGCUUUCAAACUCCAAAGUCAGUUUCCUGCCUACUUUUCCAGCUUUACCUCUUCCAGGCUUCACACAGUUGGAUUACUCACUAUGGCCAGAGAUACUAAGAAAACCCAGAUUCAAAAAGACUGACAUCAUGGACAUUUGUGAAUCUAUCCUGGAAAGGAAGCGACAUGACAGUGAACGGUCUACGUGUAGUGUCUUGGAGCAGACAGACAUGGAAGCUGUUGAAGCUCUUGUUUGCAUGAGUUCUUGGGGUCAAAGAUCCCAAAAAAAUGACCUCUUAAAGUUAAGACCACUUACCCCAGUCUCUGAUUCAGGGGAUUUUACCUCCUUGCAUGGCGAGGCUGCUGUCACCGACAUACCAAAGGACUUCCAUUCUUUUUCCACCCUGUGCAUGACUCCCCCUCACAGUCCUGAUCUUCUAGAACCGUGUUCUUCAUUGCUUCUUCCCUCCCAAGUCACUUCCCAGACAAGGACAGUGCCAGCCAACACACUGAUCAGUUCAGCACCCUCUGAAAAUACGACCUCUACAUUGGUAGCCAAAUUGUCAAAAAUGAAGGUGGUGCUAGGACUCUCUGGUCAGAAGCCAGAGGUGUCAGAGCCAGCUUUUCUUCAGCCCUGCAAAGCCAUGGUAACCAGUGUGAUCCGGCACACGGGGGACAGUUCUACUUCUCACAUUCCUGCAACCCAAGGGAAAAUGGAAGGCAUUUCAGGCAACAGAAAUUCUAUACGACUGAAGGAAACUGACCACUCAGGACAUUCUGAAGCUUCACAGACCGUGCACCUAGAAAGUGGUUUAAACUAUGCUAACUUAGUCUCCUGUCAGCCUCGUUUACAAAACUUUGGUUCCUCUAUUCUCUCUGAUAAAGGACAACAGGAGGUAUGGCCCAUCGUAACACAGGUCUGCUCACUAAAGAGUUGUGAAAGUGAUACUACCAGGAAAUCUGCCUCUUAUAUCUCUGUCCCUGUUCCUGUCCGCCCUCCCCCUGUCCUCUGCCAAAUGAUCCCAGUGACUGGUCAGAGUGGUGGUGGUAUGGUUUCAGCUUUCUUGAAGCCCCCUUCCCAGACAAGCCAAGCACCCAUCAAGCCCAUUUUACCCCAGACUGCUCCAAUCUCUCAGCCUGUCCUUAUGGGAGCAUCGGUGCCUCAAGGAGCUGUGAUGCUGGUCUUCCCCAAUGCUGCUCUCCCACAGCCAGCAUCUUGCCAACCAAAUGUCAUGACUGUGGGGAACACCAAGUUACUCCCUCUUGCCCCUGCUCCAGUCUUCAUUACACCUAGUCAAAGUUGUGUCCCUUCAGUAGACUUUUCCCGAAGAAGAAACUAUGUUUGUAACUUUCCAGGAUGCAGGAAAACUUAUUUCAAAAGUUCCCACCUCAAGGCCCAUCUUCGUACUCACACUGGAGAAAAGCCUUUCAACUGUAGCUGGGAAGGUUGUGAUAAAAAAUUUGCUCGCUCAGAUGAACUUUCUCGACACCGCAGAACUCAUACAGGAGAGAAGAAAUUUGUGUGCCCUGUGUGUGCCCGGCGAUUUAUGAGGAGUGAUCAUUUGACAAAACAUGCUCGGCGUCACAUGGCUGCCAAGAAAAUUCCAAACUGGCAGGCUGAAGUGGGCAAACUCAACAGAAUCGCUUCAUCAGAGAAACCUGGAAGCACUGGUGUGUCUCUGAGCCCACUGGUCCCCAUGCCAUCAUGCUCUGCCUAAGAAGUCAUUCAGGACAUAAUUCCAAUCUGACAUUUUAAAAAAGUAUUUAGGACAGGUAAUGGCUAAAACACAGAAUUUGACAUAAUAUUGUGUUUUCUGGGUUUUUUGGGCAGUUCCUGAUGAAAACAUGUUAACUUUUUUCCCUUUAAUUUGAGGCCCUGUUCACAACUAUCAUUUUGCAGUUUUUUAAUGAGCUUUUGCUUUUUGUUUUUAUUUUUUCAAGGAAGAUGGUCAAAAAAUUGAUAAUCCGAAUCACCAGCAUUGAAGCAAAACAACAUCUUGGCAGUAAAGUUUAUAGAAUCUUGACUCACUUAACCUUUGUAUUCAUAAUUUUUUUACAAAAUGUUACAGGGUACUAAUUUUUAUACUAGUAUUUUCUAUAAAGGUAUUUAUAUUGUAGUUACUUUGCAAACUUUUUUAUUAAUAAUGAAACAGUUUUUAUAAUUGUCCAACUUGGUAAACUUGAAACAUCAUCCACGCAAGAGAAAUCAUUAGUCAUGGUCAGUCCUCUUUAAGCCUAAGAAUUUUUAAAACACAUAAAUGAUUGACUAAGGGCCUUUUAAAAAAGAAAAACUGCAGUCACCUUUCAACAUUUUAAAAGUUUAUCUAGUCAUUUCAAGUAGGUACCCUAAGCAGCAGAUAUGGUCUUGGGUAUCCAAAAUGUCAAGAGGACCAAGACUUGCCAGUUGCGUAUAGACUGGCCUGUGUGUUGAGUAAGAAACUGCCUCAAGAUUUAAGUUUUUUUUUCAUUUAAGACAAUUGUUUUUAUAUUGAAGUGUGGUCAUUUGUGUUUACUUAUGCAAACCAUUCCCACUCUCUCAUACCGACCCAAAAGAUGUGAAUUCACUCAUUUAACAUUUUUGGAAUUGGAGUCUCUUGUUGAGUGGCCUUAUGAUUUUUAGCAUACUGUGUGUAAAUUGAUCUUUUCAAGUAAAUGGAAGUGGCCUGUUGAAGGAAUUUUCCUUUCUGUUCAAACAAAAUGCAUCCUUUUAAAAAUGAAGCAUGGGAAACCAUGUGUUGACUCUGGUCCUUUAAUUCCCUCGCAUCAAGAAUAGGAAACACUAUUGCAAAAGCCAGUUUAAAAAAAAUGAUUUCCCAUUCAAUAGCUUUUGUAACUGGCUUAGGAAAAUGAAACUGCUUUUGGAAUCGGAGGAGAAAAAUAGAAGUGGAAAGCUAUGAAGGAAAGGUAGAAGUUAAUUGACUCUUUCCUUUGCAGUUUGCGGCUACCAUUCAUUAGGGUUUUCAGUAUGUUUCCCAGCUCCUGAAGGAACUCCUGUUUUGUCCAUCAAGGCACAAAAAUGAUUUUUUUGUUAAGCAUUGCACUGUAGUUCUAGUCAAUUAGACCAUAAGAGAUUGCAUUGUGUGUUGCACUACUACUAUAAUUUAGAAAGCUUAUGUAUUUAGAUUUUUACAUAUGAAUAGUUACUGGCAGUUUACCUUUAUAAAAAUUAUGGUAAAUUGGAAUAUUGAAUUUGGUGUUAUAAAGUUUUGUGCCUGGCUUAUUUGAUGUGGAGGCCCUUAUUCAAUAAUGAUUGAGCUAUUUCCAACCCCACUUAUCCAUCCCCUCCUCUCAUUAUCUUUAUUCUACCUAAUGUCACUAUGUUAUUUAACCUAUAUGUAAGUGAUGUGUUUGGGAUUCACCUAUUAGACUGUAGAUACAGUUGUAAAAGUAACAUAAUUUCAUGUAUAUUUUGUUUUUUACCUUUCCUCCCCAACCCUUCACUUCCAAAUCUAUUACUAUAGUGCUAACUUCUAAGUCAGCAUCCAAAAUUUUACAAUUGUAUAUACUUUGUGUAGGGUCUCCAACUUGUAUUUUUCUUAAUCAGGACACACAGAAAUGAGUCCUACUAUUAGUACGCUGGUAUAUGGAAGAAUUCAAGAGAAUUAGUCUUUUGAGUGUUUGGUUGGGAUUUUCAGAUUGUUUUGAGAAAGAGGACUUAAUGGUUUGGUUAAUUCUUUAAAACACAUACAUAUCUUUCAGUGGUACUGAAAAUGCUUUUUUAAUUUAUACUUCCAUUCUUGAAUUAGGCGAGAAAAGAUAGAGAAAUGUCCUUAGUAAGACUUUUUUCUUUUGUCCCUCUGAGUAUCUGGGGUUGGGAAGCAAGUUCCCUUAUGAAGAGAAGUUAAGUCAUGAACCAGAAAUUUUGUUGUUAUUGUUUUUCUAGGUUCAGAGGCCUUCAUCUGAAAUCUCUGGGUAUUAUGGAUUGAGAAUGAUGAGGCAAAUUUUCCCUGUGCACUUUAUUGCCUGAGUAAUUUCUCUUGAUUUUUUUGAGCCUUUUUUUAAAGUUCCAAGAUUAAAAUUUAAAAUGUUUCAUAAUUGUUUUUAUAACAGAUUUUUUCAGCCUAUUAUUUAAUGAAACUAUGUAAUGUAACUUUUUCCUUUGAAUCAUAUAAAAUUUUUGAUUUGCAAA